CGCGCGGCGGGAGAAGCGGCAGAGCGGCGAGGCGGGCGUGUGGCCGAGUGCAGGGCGACGGGGUAUCGGUGCUGACAGGCGAGCGGCCCGAGAGGCGGCGGCAGGUUGUGGCUGCGCGAUCAGAAGCCGAGGCCUAGGCCCAGGCCCAGGCCCCGGGGGCGGAGUCUGACAGCAAUCCCAACCCUUCUCUCUUCCCCCCCCCCCAACCUCGACUCUCCAUCAUCACCUCCUGCCCGGAGCCGAGCGCACACGGAGAUUGCCGAGCGGGGCGGUGGCGGGGCCUACUCCGCGACACCGAGGAGGCGGAGCGUAGCCGAGCCGGAGUGCCAGGCCGCGGGAGCAGUUCCCUCCUCGCACCGCCCAGGGCACGCAGCAAGAUGGCAGCCAACAUGUACCGGGUCGGAGAUUACGUUUACUUUGAGAAUUCAUCAAGCAAUCCUUUCUUAAUCCGAAGAAUUGAGGAACUUAAUAAGACUGCAAAUGGCAAUGUUGAAGCAAAAGUGGUUUGCUUUUACAGAAGACGAGAUAUACCAAGCACCCUUAUCGGACUGGCAGACAAACAUGCAAGUCAAGAGUUGGAUAAUUGUGAUCCAACACUACUGGCUGAGGUUCCAGAUGUUCCACAAGAAACACUGCCUAAAGCUGAAGAUCUGGAGGAGGAAAUGGAAACAGAAGCAGAGACUGACAACCCACAGCAGUUGACAGAAAAGCAGCAACACCAGUUGAAACAUCGAGAGCUGUUCCUAUCACGGCAACUUGAAUCUUUACCAGCAACGCACAUACGAGGUAAAUGCAGUGUCACUCUGCUAAAUGAAACUGAAGCAGUCUUUUCGUAUCUGGAGAAAGAGGACUCCUUUUUUUAUUGCCUAGUUUAUGAUCCACAACAGAAAACUCUGCUGGCAGAUAAAGGUGAGAUCCGUGUUGGUCCCAGAUACCAAGCGGAUAUCCCUGAUCUGCUCAAAGAAGAUGAAGAUGAUGAAAGAGACCAGUUAAAACUUGAAGUCAAAAUAUGGGACCCAGACAGUCCAUUGACUGACAGGCAGAUUGACCAGUUUUUAGUCCUUGCACGAUCUGUUGGGACAUUUGCUCGGGCCUUAGACUGUAGCAGCUCUAUACGGCAACCAAGUUUGCACAUGAGUGCUGCUGCUGCCUCCAGAGACAUCACACUGUUUCACUCCAUGGAUACAUUGCAUAAAAAUAACUAUGAUGUGUCGAAAGCAAUUUCAGCCUUGGUGCCUCAGGGAGGGCCUGUGUUAUGCCGAGAUGAAAUGGAAGAAUGGUCAGCCUCUGAAGCAAACCUAUUUGAGGAAGCUCUUGAAAAAUACGGCAAGGAUUUUAGUGACAUUCGACAAGACUUUCUUCCUUGGAAAUCACUAACCAGUAUAAUCGAAUACUAUUACAUGUGGAAGACCACGGACAGAUACGUACAGCAGAAACGUUUGAAAGCAGCUGAAGCUGAAAGCCGAUUAAAACAGGUGUACAUCCCCAACUACAACAAACCAAACCCCAACCAGAUCAAUGUGAAUAACACAGUUGCUAAGCCAGGGAUGGUGAAUGGAGCUGGGUUUCAGGGCCAGAAUGGAGGAGCCGGCAGAGCCUGUGAGAGCUGCUACACAACUCAGUCAUAUCAGUGGUACUCCUGGGGCCCUCCUAAUAUGCAGUGCAGACUUUGUGCAGCUUGUUGGAAUUACUGGAAGAAGUACGGUGGCCUAAAAAUGCCAACAAGACUCGAGGGUGAGAGACCUGGACCUAACCGUAAUAGCUCAAAUCCACAUGGGUACUGGGUGAAGAAUGCUAACCCCAAGUUUACACUGAAGACUAGGCAGGCUUUCUGUCUCCAGACAACAAGAUUAACCAAAAUUGCACGGUAUUACUGUCGGAAUCUGUUCCGUCCACGGCAGGCAGCACGACGUCCGUUUUUACCAAUCAACAGUGCAGCUAUCAAAGCCGAAUGCACUGCUAGACUUCCAGAAAUUGGGGAGAAAUCAGUUAAACUCAAACCCAUCAUCAGGAAGUCCCUGGAAUCUAUAGUAAAAUACUUGGAACUCCAUCCACCUGUUAAGGCCGUCCCUAGUCUUGCUGUACAUGGAGGAAGUGUGACUCCUGCGAAGGUGCUGCCUGUCCUGAAUCAUGGCUCUCCAACAAUUCUGGGCAAGCGUGGAUAUGAGCAGCAUAACGGCAUUGAUGGCACUAUGAAGAAACGUCUGUUGAUGCCGUUUAGGGGUAAGACAAUUGCGCAGUCGUGCACACGGCCACACACUCAUCCUAAUCAUGGACAAGUUAGACAGAUGACGGCCAUUAACCGGGGUUAUAUGAUAAAUGGGAAGCCAUACUCAAGAAACUCUAAGGUGCUGAAGCCCGGCUCCCUUCCACCAAUGAAGGGGAGGAGAAUGAACUGGAUUGAUGCACCCGAUGAUGUGCUUUUCAUAGCAACAGAUGAGACUCGGAAAGUACGCAAGUUGUUGGGCCCAGUUGAUAUGAAGAGAGCAGCGCGCCAGCCCUACAGGCAGAUUCUCAUCCAACAAGGACGUGCAUCUUCUGCGUCACAGCAGCCCAGGCAGCCCAUGAAUGAAGAGCCAAUCAUCAUUGAGGAUUAAUGCCAAGCACAGUUUUAAAUAAAGCAAGAGACUGUAGUCCCUGUUAUACUUGAACCUUCAGUACGCAUGAAGUAGAGCUCCUGAACUAGACUCCGAAUCAAGUGCUUGUCAGCCUCGCGUUUAAGAUCAAAUUGAAGGAUUAUUAUUUGAGUUAGAUUUCCAGUAUCCCUGCGGAAUGGAUGAUGGCAGCGGAUGAACAUUGACUGGUGGCUACAGUUACAGGCAGCUCCAACAGCUCCUCUGCAUUCACCAUUGUCCUCAAGAAAUGGAGCUGCCAGGUGAUGUUAUUUGCGAACCUGAAUGGCCUGUGGUUCUCCUUGUUCUUCGAACUAGCCUCUGCUCCAGUUUGUGCUGCUGUGGGGCCAGAACAGUGUGGUUGUCUUUGGUUUGGCAAAAGGUUUUUUAAGAAAAAGAAAAGGAAAGAAAAAAAAAACUUAAGAAUUCCUUUUAUUUUGAGAAUUGUCUGUAAUAGUUUAAGGAGGUGCCGUUUAUCCUCAGUUUAAGAAGCAAGUUUUGUUUUUAUGGACGGGUUGGCGUGCAGUUAAUGCAGUGCAUUGUUUUUGCAUGUUACACUGUAUAUUGUAUCCUUGAUCCCAUUUAAAAUGGUGCCGUUUUCCAAUGGAGCAGAAGAGGAAAAAACUUUCUUAAAGACUUUUUUUCAUGUAUGACCUUGAAUCUUUUCAUCACUUGAGAUUCGUUAUUGCAAGUUUCACAGUGAAUAAUUAUGUACAAAAUAUUUUUCCAUGUUUCUGACUUGGGUUGUGUUUGAAGCACCCUGAUUUUCACAGUGAGAUAUAUUACUACUACAAGGUUCAAUAGUUUAGUGUGCUGAUAUGUACAUACACUGCAAUUGUAGUUGGUAAGUUAGUGUUAUUCAGUCAUUCCAUAGGAUUCAGGGGAGGGGCAGGGGUGUAAAGUUUUACUGAUUCUCUCUUUGUUACAGCAUAAGGUAGUACAGCGCCUGCUGGAGGCAACUUGGGACAGUGCCCAUCGCAGAACAUUCAAAUGAAGGUCAUCCUUAGCCAUUCACAAAUAAAGCAUCAAAUGAAAUACUACAAGUUACUUUCUUUUACUCCAACCUCUUAUUUGUUUAACUGUUGUUCUAUUGUUUUGAUUUGACAAGUGUAGUACUGUGCCUUUUCAGUAUCUCUGUGAGCUCUUGCACCAUUGUGCAGAGGUUGUACAUUCUGACACAGUCAGUGAAAAAACCAUAUUCUCACCUAGUUGGGAAGCAACUGUAGCAUUAAUUUUCACUUUGAUCCAAGCAUGAUUUGCAACUUGCUAAGAGCUGCAUAUUCUUCCACUACUUCACAUUGGUGCUGUUCUGAUGAUGCUGAGUAGCUGGGGAAUAGCGCUGUACAGGUUGACCCUUGCUAUGUACGUUUUCUGCAGUUGCUGACAUUCCUAAAAGUACCAACUCUUGAAUUGCAGGAGCUGAUGGUGAAGUUGAUAAUGAAUUUUUUUUUUUUGGUAUGUAUCUGGCAAAUGUGAGCUUGAGACAUUGUCACAAACAUUCGGAAGUUUAUUUCAGUUUAACUGACAGAGGAAGAGCCAAUAGAGAACUUUUACUCGUGCUCAUCUUCAGACUUCUCAGUUUGGGUGUAACUCACACCAUUUUUGAUUGCUUCCAGCUGUGCUAAUCCAGUGGUGCCUGCAAUCUAUAGCUCUUCAGACACCAUGUGAUGCUAGUGUCUGACAAAUCCUCAGGAUGUAAUAACCUAUCUAAAUAUCUUAGUCUUUUUAUACCUGUGCUUCCAGGACACAGAGGCUGGUGUUUAAGAUUAGUGAGGCAUAAAACGAAUUGGUCACUUUCAAAAAAAAAUCGUGAUUGCUGAAUGUAAAAUGUAUGUCGCCAAGGCAGGAAAGUAGAUGCUGCUUUAAAUAGAAGAGUUUAUUAGCAGAGCUAAUGUAAAAGCUAGCUAUUAAUUGCAUCUCUAAAAGUUGCCAUAGAUGCCUAAAAUAAUCAUAUUGCACUGUUUUAAAAUCAGAGAUGAAGCCACUCUAAUCCCCUUACCCAAUAGAAAUCAGAGGAUUUAAAAGGUCUGCUAGUUCUCUUUACAUGUCCAUUUUGUGGACAGUUCUGAUUUGAGCUUUUACCCCUGCAAUCAGCUGUUUACAUGUCCUGACAUAAUUUGGGGAAGUCCAAAACCAAUCUAGAAUUUCAGAAAUGCCUUUUAAUCUCAAUUCCUACAAAAGUUACCUAUCUGCUUCUUGCAUGCAAGAUUUUGGUUCCUUUUUGAUAUUGCCUCAAUCUGUCUUUGUCAUGUAUUCUGCUUACCGGUUGCUUUUUUAUGUGCUUUGGUAUGGCAUCAGAUGCUUUCAAGUUAUCUUGUCAAAAGAUUGGAUGUUGUUUGGAGGAGGGCUUUGCUUAUUCACCCCCACCCCCCUCAUGUCCAUGUAUCAGAUGACAGUAAAUGUCCUCAUUGUUUUAUAUGGCCCUGAACACAGCUAUCCCUAGAAACUGACCAGUUAACUAUUUUUAGCUGUGCUCGCUUGUCCUUAAACAUUGAAGUUGUUUCCCUUACCUCACUAUGUCAUGUUGAAUUAUUACUUGUGGGUGUACUCUAACUUUUGAAUCCUUAAUUCUGGCUUGGUCAGUUCCUGCUUUCUCAGUUUCCAGGUCAUAUUGUUAUCAUUACAUUCCUGUAAAAUAUAUAAUAAUGCUUAUCUCUGGGUUGAUUGGAAUGGUCACUGUAACCUUUGCAAUCGAUUGUUGUGAGGUAGUCUCUUUUACUGUAACCAAUUCCUGUGAACAAUUUGUACUGAAAACUGAGGAAGGAAGUUUGGUUACCAUAUUGAGAAAUUUACAUUUGAUAACUUUGAAUGUUGAAAGCAGCAAAGUGUGGAACAAAGAUUCAAGAUUGUUCAAUGCCAUUUCCUGUACACAAGUGUAAGGAGAAUGAAAUAAUCAUUCCUCCGGAUCUGACGCAGCAGGAAAAAAAACACAAAAGUAAAGAACACAAUAAUAAUAAAAACACACAAUAAAUAUAAAUCCAUGAGGUAGCUUAUAUACAUUGAUUGUAUGUCCAUAAAGUGAUACUAGCUGUGCAUAAGGUGACUGAUGGGGAAAUAAUAAAGUUGUGGUGAAGUUAGAGGGUGGAGAUGCUGAUCACCCUUCCUGCUUUUGGGGAAAGUAACUGUUUUUGAGUCUGAUGGUCCUAACAUGGAUGCUACGUAGCCUGGUCAAGGGAGUGGAAGAACAGUCCAUGAGCAAGGUGGGUGGGAUCCUUCAUGAUGUUACUGGCUCUUUUCCGGCAGCUUUCUGUAUACAUGUCCUUAACGUCAGGUAGGCGUUGGCCAAUUAAAUAACUGAAGUUGUUAGGAAAUUUUAAACUCCACUUCUGUGAAGUACCCUUUUGUUCAGUCCUACUUCUUAGCAGCUUGUGAUUAGUAAACAUUUACAGUCUGUUUUUACUUAAUUUCAUGCUUCUUUAUGAAGUAAAGCUAAUUUGUAGGGUGCCCAAUAAACAGUAAUGAUAAACAGAUGAAGCUUUUGUGUGUCAAUAUUCAGAGGCAGAGCUUGAAGCCAUUGUUGAAACAUUGAAGAAAAAUAGGUUUACACUGGAAUAAACAUUUAUUAACCUGUCCUUACUUUACAAUAAUGCUCCUUUAACAAGUUCCUAGAAAAAAUGGACUAUGAGAGGUUAAGGAAACCACUAAAUGUAGACAUAAGAAGUACAGCAGAUGCUGUAAGUCUAGGGCAAUACACACAAUGUGCUGGAGGAGCUCAGCAGCCGAGGUAGCAUCUAUAUAUGUGAACAAACUGCCUGGCCUGCUGAGCUCCUCCAUCACAUUGUGUGUACAACCACCAAAUGUAACUUACUCUUGAACUUAUGGAAAUCCCAGUAUUGAGAACUUUUGAGUCUGCUCACUGGGAAAUGGAAGCUCAGAGGAAAAGGCCACUUUCUACCCCACUAAUGGCAGAAUCUCUAAGUCCUAUUUUGGCCAUAUCAGUCAUGCAACACAGACUGAAGAUUUAAUUAGAUUUUAAGUUCUCCAAAGCCAUUAAGGACCUACUUCAUAAAACUGUAACAGCAAUUACCAGCUUUUGUUACAUAAACACAUCUUAACAAAUUGUUAUUUUGCUACCAUUCUCUACAUUUGCAAUUCUCAACUAUUUUUAUAUAGUCAACAGACAAUAAAUUAUUCUACGUUAUUAUGUACAGUGCACCCAAGGUUCAUCCCAUCACCCUUCAUCUCGCCCUUCUCCUCACCCUUCUCAUGUUUACUUAGUUUCAUUUUAAAUGCCCUUCAGUCUCUCAGUGUCAAGGUCGAUUUGCUUCCAUGCUACUUGGAAUGUGGAAAUAUGUGCAGGAGUACAGCACAGAAAGGUAGAAACAAAGUAUAAAUACAAUAUAUUCUGCAGAUUCUGGAAAUCUUGAGCAACACACAAAAUUCUGCAGGAAUUCAGCAGGUUAGGCAGCAUCUAUGGAAGGGAAUAAAAGUCGACAUUUUGAGCAGAGUCCUGAGGAAGGGUCUUGGCCUGAAAUGUGACUAUUUAUUCCCAUUCAUAGAUGCUGCCUGACCUACUGUAUUCCUCCAGCAUUCUGUGUGAAGCACAAAGUAGGUUUUAAAUGUUGAGAGGAUGAAAGAUGUUGGUGUUCAGAAGGCUGGUGUGCUGGUACAGAAAUAAAAUUCUAGCCCCAUGCUUAAUUGCUGUGUAUAUUCAAAACAUAAAUGAAGAUUAGCAAGAAUUAGUACAAGAAAGUGGGGUGAAGGUAAGUGUUCCCAAAUUUUAAAUUCCAAUGCUACAAGCACACUGCUAAACAAGAGGGAACAUUAUAAAGAAAAUUGGUUUCAAAAUUGAAGUAUUCAUUAGAAAAUAAAGAUCUCAAACAGAAAUUUGAUUAAUAUUAUUAUUAUUCACUUAUUUAGUUGGAUGGCUCAAGUAUAGAAUGUUUUAUUUAAAUUUAAAAGUCAUGUAUGUUGGACCUGUGUUGUUUCUAUAAAUAUUUCACAUGAAGUACCAAUUUCUGACAAA